UUUGCUGAUGUGGACUUUUUGCUUCAGAAUAACAUUAUUGGAAAUGAGAGAAUAAAAGGAUGAAUACGGCUCUGAGACACUGGAAGGAAGCCGCGACGGUCAUACUAGCUGCUGGUACGAGACAUAAACUCACUGUAGAUAGUUUGACAAGGUGCGUCGAUAAAGGCACCUCUACACCUGUCAUCAGUGGACAUCCCAACUUGCCUGACAGGUUCGCCUUCGACUAUGAAGUGUUGUUGUUGAAACGAAGCGGUACGAGUCGUUUCAUGCCGAAUGCUUAUGUCUUUCUCGGCGGUAUGGUGGAUCUGUCAGAUUUCUUAAGUCAAUGGCUUGAUCUUUUUAAAUCUUUUUGGAGCUUACUGAAUUUUGGACUGGGAUUUGUGAAACAGCCUCCGGAGACGAGACCUAUCUUCUCCACAGACAGAAAGAAACUGGGUUCUCCCUUUCCAGGAGACGUCGCAUUGAGAAUCUGUGCAGUGAGGGAAACGUUUGAGGAGUCAGGUGUACUUCUAGUCGUGCCAAAAGAGGAAGAGAGUAUUUUACUUAAUAACAGCAUCGAGAACAACAGAUACAGUCAUGAAUUGGUUAAAUGGAGAGUGCUGGUAAAUGAGAACCCCUCUAACUUCAUCAGGAUGUGCAGGGAGCUGGAGUGUCUACCUAACUGGGGUCUGCAUGAAUGGGGUAACUGGCUGACCCCUACUGGUGUGUACGGGAAACAGAGGAGGUACGACACGGCCUUCUACAUCUGCUGCUUGCAGGAAACACCACCUCACACCAUGCAAGACGAGAAGGAAAUUGUGCACUUUAAGGUGAUCCCAUAGCUUAGUAAGGUGAAAGUGUAUUUUAUUGUGGUGUUAAGCGACUCUGUAUUCAUUCAUGAUGUAUUCAUCAGUUCAUAAUAUUGUUGUAAACUGUUCAUUUAAUCUUAGUCGAACCUAAAUUUACAUGAAGGGUCUGAUUAAAAGAUGGCACCGAAGAACAUG